AUGAACGUAACAACAAACACUAUUACUGAUGCAUUUGCUAUAUUUGAUGUUACACCUGACCCAGAUGAGUUAGCAAGAAAAAAUAAAAAACCAGAAGAUUCAGGAAGUGUUACUGUUAGGCAAUUAUAUAGGUAUGCUAAUUGGCUUGAUUUAAUUCUUCUUGCUGUUGGUAUUUUUGGUUCUAUUGGAUGUGGUGUAUUAACUCCAUGUCAAAUGUUAGUUAUGGGAGAUAUGGUUGAUACUUUUAAUACAAAUGAUCUUAUGAAAGCCUUCCCAAGUCCAGAUGCAAUGUAUGAUCCGAAUUAUUAUCUUCCAUUUAAUCACCAAGUCACUGAAACUGUUGCAGACACUAUUAAUGAUCUUGUAUUAAAGAUGGUCUGUUUUGCUAUUGGAAGUGGUGUUGGUUCUUUCUUAAUGACUUUUUGUUUCUUUGUUAUGUCAGAACGACAAGGAAUUAAAAUUAGAAUGUUAUAUUUCAGAGCAUUAUUAAGACAAGAUGCUGGUUGGUAUGAUUUCCAUGAAUCUGGUGAAUUAACUUCUAGAAUUGCUUCUGAUGUCCAACAAAUUCAAGAUGGAAUGUCUCAAAAAUUUGGUAUUAUUUUCCAAACAACUACUUCAUUCAUUGCUGGAUAUGCAAUUGGGUUUGCAAAGGAUUGGGAUCUUACAUUAGUUAUUAUGUCAAUGUCUCCAUUUAUUGUCUUAUCUAUGACAUUAUUAGCUGUAUUUGCUACAAAAUUCACUGUAUUAGGAGAAGAACAUCUUGCCAGUGCAGGUGCCAUUGCUGAAGCUACAAUUGGUAAUAUGAGAACUGUUCAAUCGCUUGGUCAAGAACAUGAAUUUUGUGAAAUCUUUAAUCAAAAAAUUAGAAUUGUUGAUCAUUAUAGUGUUCUAAAAGGUCUCACUGUUGGAUUAGGACUUGGAGCAGUUAUGUUCUUUAUUAUGGGUGCUUUUUCAUUAGGAAGUUGGUAUGCUUCAGUUGUAUUAAGAGGAAAAGGAGGAAAGAAAAGUGUUACUGCUGGUGAUGUCAUGAUUGUCUUUAUUUGUGUAUUAAUUGCAACUCAAGGACUUUCUAUCAUUGCUAUUCCAUUAAAUAUAUUUGCUACAGCUAAAGCUUCUGCAUAUAGAAUUUAUCAAACAAUUGAUAGAAUUCCAGAUAUUGAUUGUAGAUCUACAGCUGGUGAAUGUCCAAGUGAGUGUAAUGGAAAUAUUACAUUAGAAGAUGUUCAAUUUAGAUAUCCAACAAGACCAACUAAACAAAUUCUUGGUGGACUUGAUCUUGAAAUUAAAAAAGGACAAACAGUUGCAUUAGUUGGAGCAUCAGGAUGUGGUAAAUCAACUACUAUUCAAUUAGUCCAAAGAAACUAUGACCCAGUUGGUGGAUCAGUUAAAUUAGAUGGAAAAGAUUUAAGAGAUUUAAAUAUUAAAUGGUUAAGAAAUCAAAUAGGAUUAGUUGGACAAGAACCUAUUUUGUUUGCAUGUACUAUCAGAGAAAAUAUUAUGCUUGGAGCAAGAGAUGGAGAAACACCAACUGAAGAAGAAAUGAUUGAAUGUGCUAAAAUGGCAAAUGCACAUGAUUUCAUUUCUCAUCUUCCAGAAGGAUAUGAUACAAUGGUAGGAGAAAAAGCUAGUGAAGGAAGAACAACAAUUGUUGUAGCACAUAGAUUAACAACUGUUAGAAAUGCUAGUAGAAUUUGUGUAUUCCAUCAAGGAGAAAUUAUAGAACAAGGAACACAUCAAGAAUUAAUGGAAUUAAAAGGAACAUAUUAUGGAUUAGUUAAAAGACAAAGUAUGGAAGAAGAAGUUGAUCAAGAAACAGUUGAAAAUGAUUUAAAGAAAAUUAGAGAACAAGAAAAUAAAGAAGCAGAAGAAAUUAAUCAACAUAAGAAUGCAGAUACAAAUGAAGAUCCAGAUGUUGUACAAAAAUUAGAAGAUGAAUAUAAUAAUGAAAUGAAGAAAUUGAAACAUUCAAAUAGAUUUGUAUUAUUAAGAGUUAUUCUUGAUAAUUUCAGACAUGAAUGGUUCUUAUCAAUACUUGGAUUUAUUGGAGGAAUUGGAGGUGGUGCUAUUUUCCCAUUCUUUACAUUAAAAAUUGUUGACUUAAUUAUGUGUUUAUUAUCAAUUAAUUCAGAUACUCUUACUGAUGACCAAAAGGAUACUAUUAAAAAUAUUUGUAUAAUUGUUGUUGUUAUAGGUGUUGCUUCAUUCAUAUCAUACUUUAUGUAUAUUGGAUUAUUCUUAUCAGCAGGAUUUAAGAUGAUUGGUCGUGUUAGAAAAGAUAUGUAUCAUUCAAUAAUGCAUCAAAAUAUCUCAUGGUUUGAUAGAAAAGAAAACAUGGUAGGAUCAUUAACAACAAGACUUGCAUCUGAUCCAACAACAUUACAAGGAAUUUCAGGAGAACGUGUUGGAAAUGUUAUUCAUAUUAUUUCUACAAUUGGAUUUGCUUUAGGUAUUGCAUUCUAUUAUGAUUGGAGAGUUUCAUUAUGUGUUAUGGCUGUAUCUCCAGUAUUAAUUGUUGUUGUAUUUAUUAAUGGAAAAUUAAAUUCAUUAGAAGCUUGUCCAGCACAAGCAGCAUAUGAAAGAUCAGGAGUUACUCUUGUUGAAGCAGUUGAAUCAGUAAGAACAGUUCAAUCAUUAACUCGAGAAGAACAUUUCCUUGAAGUAUUUAAGGAAGCAUUAAGAGAACCAAGAAGAGGAAUUUAUAAAUGGGCACCAUUGUUAUCAAUUUUCAAUUGUUUGACUACAUUAUUGACUCAAGUUAUGAAUCCAUAUGGAUUUUAUAUUGGAACAUAUUUAAUUAAAAAGAAGAGUGAAUAUGAUCUUCCAGUACCUGAUUUUAUGGUACAAUUCAGUGAUAAGUUUGAAGAAAUGCAAAAAGCUAUUAUGGCAGUUAUUUUUGCAGCACAAGCAGUUGGUAAUUUAGGAAAUAUUGUCCCAGAUAUUGGAAAAGCUGUUAGAGCAGCAAAGAAUACAUAUGAUGUUAUUGAUAGAAAACCAAGUAUUGAUUGUUAUAGUGAAGAAGGUGAAACAUUUAAUGAGAUUAAAGGAGAAAUUGAAUUUAAAGAUAUUUGUUUCAGAUAUCCAACAAGACCAGAUAAUUCUGUCUUAAAAGGUAUUUCAUUCAAAGUAGAACAAGGAAAGACUGUUGCAUUAGUUGGAGCAUCAGGAUGUGGUAAAUCAACAUCAGUUCAAUUAAUUGAAAGAUUUUAUGAUCCAACACAUGGAGAUGUAUUAUUAGAUGGACAUAACAUAAAAGAUUUAAAUAUUCAUUUCUUAAGAAGUCAAAUUGGAAUGGUAGGACAAGAACCAGUAUUAUUUGCUGAGAGUGUUAUGGAUAAUAUUAGAAGAGGUAUUCCUAAAGGUGUUGAAGUUACUAAUGAACAAAUUUAUGCUGUUGCUAAAAUGGCAAAUGCACAUGAUUUUAUUUCAGCAAUGCCAGAAGGAUAUAAUACAAUGGUAGGUGAUAGAGGUGCACAAAUUUCAGGAGGACAAAAACAAAGAAUUGCUAUUGCACGUGCAUUAAUUAGAAAUCCAAAAGUAUUAUUACUUGAUGAAGCUACAUCAGCACUUGAUUCAGAAAGUGAAAAAAUAGUACAAGAUGCACUUGACAAAGCAGCAAAAGGAAGAACAACAAUUGUUAUUGCACAUAGAUUAUCAACUAUUCAAAAUGCAGAUCAAAUAUGUGUUAUUAUGAGAGGAAGAAUUGCAGAAAGAGGAACACAUCAAGAAUUAAUAGAUUUAAAAGGAUUUUAUUAUACACUUGCUAUGCAACAAUUUGGAACUGUGAAUUAG